AUGUCCCGAGAUUUGAACCAUCUGGCCCACCUGAACGCCAUCAAUGACGCAGAGUCUGAGGUGCCGGCGACUACCCAUGAGGGCGCCGAGGAGGAUUUGUCCAUUUUCCAGAACACAAAUUUCUAUGAUUUUGAUAUCGGACGCUCUACUGAUAUCGCGACUACGGUCGACGAGCUGUUGAUGCAGCAAGAAAUGCAGAUUCAGUAUCCCGGGAAAUCUGCGGCUGCCCAUGAGCACAUUGACCACCACGGGUCGAACACCCUGAGCAAUGCAAGCGGAUUUGGUAUUCACGCAAGUGCGUCCUCGUCGUAUCAGGACUUGAUGCGGCUGCGCGAGCCGACGGCGGGGUCAGAGCAGGUCGCACAUGUUGGGCCCCAAACCACCGCGCCGUAUCCGUUCGAUUUCUCGGAGCUGCAGGAAUUUUCUCUGGCCGGAGAGCUUCCUCCUGUCUCUAAUACCCGUCAUUUCUAUCCUGUGUCGGGCGCAGGACAGCACUAUUUCACCCCGGGCCCCACAGACCUCCACCACGUUGCCCCGAGACAGCAUCGGCUACACGAGGAUCUGCACAACCACACAGCACCAGCUGAGCACACUGAGCACGCUGAGCACGCUAAGCCCAAGACACGCUCACCAAGCGACAGCACGGAUGAAGCCAAGGGGGGCUCUGACGAAUCUGGCACGACCGAGAUCGCCCGUCAGAUCGCCGAUGAAGACAAGCGGCGACGGAACACAGCAGCGUCGGCACGCUUCCGAAUCAAAAAGAAGUUGCGUGAGCAGGAAAUGGAACGCAACACACGGCAGAUGCAGGCCCGGAUCGAUGAGCUUGAAAACAAAUUGAAACAGCUGGAAAUGGAGAACCGCUGGCUCAAAAACCUGGUGGUCGAGCGCAAUGAGAAGCGUGACGUCUCUGAAAUCGAAAAGCUUCGCAACAAGGUUCUGCGAAGUGAGACAAAAGAGACUUAG